CAUCGGUAAUUUUACUGUGUAGCGCUCAUUCGCCAUACGCUAUCGUCGCAAACACAUUCCAAAAUUGAACUAAUUAAUAUUGUUAUUUUUUGACGUGAUGGAGUAUUUUUGGAGCGUGGUUCUGUUUACAUAUUUAGGUACUGUCAUAUGUGAAAAGCCACUGGAGAGACGAAGAGCAGUCCCCGUGAUUUUCGUCCAAGGUUCCCAUUAUGAUGUGGGCUAUGAUGUGGGUCGCACGUUCUCGCCCAUGAUCAAAAACUUCCUAGCAACAUAUGAAAAUUUGCGGGACUUUGAGAAGGAGUACAAAACAGAUACUGGCCGUGAUGCUUAUGACAAGACGCUUGCCAACAUGAAGCAUCGUUUUCCUUAUUACAUUAAGGAGAUGCAAGGUGUCGCCGAUGGUGCUAACGUUCCAUUUCAUUUGCUUUUCCUCCUGCAAAUGGACGAUAUCAUCGGAACAAUCAACGAUAACCAUCUACCAAGGAACGACACUGGUGGUUGCAGUUCUUUAGCCAUUAAAACUCAAAAAAGUGCUGUUUUGGGUCAUACUGAAGACGCUUUUAGUGAAACACUGAAUCAUUUCUAUAUAAUGUCUGCUCAUAUCAUACCUACACCAGAAGACUCUGAGAAAGGGGCAGUUGAAGAAAGAUUCGCUUCACUUUGUUACGCUGGGCAUAUGCCGGGAUAUACAAUGGGAUACAAUGAAAAUGGAUUAGUUUUCUCUAUCAACACUCUCAGUCCAUUGAUCCUGAAGCCUGGAAAUACACCAAGAACUUUCAUCACGCGAGCUCUAUUGUCAUCCAAAAACUUCGCAGAAUCUGAAAAGAUCUUACGCGACGAAGGACUCGGUAUCGGGAACGGAUUCUCUAUUAACAUGAUAUGGACGGAUAACAAAGGCGAUAGAAAGAUAUACAACGCUGAGGUAGCACCAGAUUUGACAGGUGACAGGUCUCUCGUCAACAUACACGGCUUUGCUGACGAGCCAUUAGUGCAUACAAACAUAUACCAAAGGAUCAAAGUGAAAGAAGUUAUAGGGCCAAUUAUAGAUAGUAGCACUGCCCGACUUAAAGCCAUUCAUUCACACCAGCCGCCACAAAGUCAAGAGGACAUCAAGGAUAUUCUUUCUGAUACAAGCGGCACCGACUUUCAAGUGUUUCAAGAGAAAAGAGAUUCUAUCAUCAAAACAAUUGCUGCGGGUGUAUUCGAGCUAGACAAGAUGACGUGGAGUAUUUUUAUCAACAAACCUAACGGUUCAGAGCCCGUCGCCGUUUUACCAAUAAGAUUUUCAAUGUUAGAAAAAUCAUAAACCAAUGUGUGGUUCGAACAAUGUUAGAACGCGUAGCUCGUAUUAUUCGACAUAAUGAUUGAAAGUUGUAUCUAAUUUAUUUUGAUUCUUUACGAAUUUUUUAGGAAUUAAGAAAAUAUAACUAAUAGUUGGACCGAUUUUUCCCCUGGCGUGUUAUUAGGAACUUCAAUAAAACUUACAAUGCUAGUAUCAAUCGUAGAUUGCUAGAAAAUGAAUUUACCUACCUACUUAGUUCCUUAGACCUCCAAAAAUAAAGAUAAUUUAUUUAUCAUGAGACGAAUAUAUAAUUUAAAUAAAGUUUCGUACCUAAAUAUAAAAUAGUCACGUAUUCACGUAGUGAGAGGUUUAAAAAUAUAAGUACACUCUUUCGGUACGUUGGAGAAAGAUUGACAUUUCACGCCCUGAGAAAAAGAGUCCUAGACAUAGUUAAUAAUGAUAAUUCGAAUAUUAAGAAAAUAUGGAGAAAAAUAAAUGGAGAGUUACGGAAUGCGAACAUUUUCGAUAUUUUAAUAUUACAUUAAACUAAGAAGGUACUUGUUAACACAUCCUUCCGUGACAUCCCUGGGCCAGGUCCGAUCCAGGUCCCCGGCAGGGAAAAUAUAGGAAUUUUGAAUUUUUCAUUUUUUUUGGUCUAGGUGCGGGAUGUUAUAAGGCGUGUUUAGUUACCAUCCUAAAGUACAAGUCGGGAAGCAAUGUGAUUCAGCAUCCUGGUACGAUACCGCAUGAUAACAGAUUGGGGGUGCCAAAGCCCACCAUCCAACAUCUUAAGACUGUAUCCAAACUUACCACCAGGUGAGACUGCUCACUAGCAGUUUAUAAAAGCAAGAUUCCAUUAAUGACCAUUGAUACCAUGGAUCGAGGUUACUCAUUUAACAUAACAAAACCACUAGCAAGGUCUUAAGCUGCCUUGCUAUGAGAGGUAGAUGAGUAAAUCACACCAAAAUCGACCGCUGGAUUAUAGCGACUUAUACCUGUUUUCACGAAAAAUAGGCAUCGCCUAACUAGAAUGCAUAAUGAUUCGACACCAACUCUUAGGUAAUGACUAUUGGUGAAAGAUUGAUUUAUGCCUAGGAAUUUCCUUAGACUAGGCGCUACUUAUUUAGGCAUUGUUUGUCGUUAGUGAAAACGGGCAUAAGUGUAUUUAGGAAAAAUCUACAACAAAGCGAGAUAUUCUAUAAAACUAAGAAAUAUAACAGAUAUGGUUUGUAUCCUUGAGGCGGACAUAAGGUUUGAUGGUUUUACUCGUAGAUUGUUAUUGAAUAAGAAUAUAGGGAUUUGCGUCUCUUUGAACAAGUUUGUUAAAGUAGCGAGCACUUUUAUUGUUUAUGAAAAUAAAUGUUAUACUAUACCAAU